AUGGGUUGUUGGUUAAAGCAGCCACAAGGAAUCACAACUAUGAUGGGUUGUUGGUUAACGAAAUCAAGAGAAAACAUUCUCGACAAUGUAAUUGUAACAGAUGCCAAGUUGAAGAUUUCGAUGAAUUUUGAAGAUUGCGCGAAAAAGAUCAGAAAAGUUGCUUGCCAAUUCGAAGUUAAAUCAUGCAUAACGGAUAUAGAUGAUCAAAAAGUCCUGGUCAGUGGUGAUUUCAAUUUGCAUAAAUUGGUGAAGACUCUCAAGAAAAAAACUGGUAAAAAGAUAGAAAUUGUGACGAAGAAUGAGAAAUCUAGUGAAGAUAAGGUAGAUGAUACAGUUCAAAAUGAAGAUAGUAAAGAUGAAAUAGUUCCACAAAAUGCUGAUAAACCUGAAACAAGUAUAAUGGAAGUGGAGUUCGAUAUACCAUUUCUCUGCGAGAAAUACGAGAAAGAUUUUGGAAAAGUUAUUUCCAAAUGCACAGGUGUUGAAACAUAUGUAGUGGAUCUAGAAAAUAAAAAGGUUGUGGUCAUUGGAAACUUUGAUAAGGAUGAACUGUCGAGAAAACUUAAUAAGAAGAUGCAUCAAAAGAUUAAAAAAGCUGAAAAGGAAAGACAGGAGUGGGAAUCUGAAAUGAUGUUAAGGGAGGCUGAAGAAGAAAAAAGACUUGCAGAUAUUUAUGAAGAAAUCGACAAGGAUAGAAAUGUAUCUCUCAACCCAAUUACUGAUUAUGAAAAGGAGAUGGCCAAACAUUAUUACAUGUUUAGUGAUGAAAAUCCUAAUGCAUGUUCUAUUUCGUAACAUAGUCGAAACAAGUGUCCACAAUGAAAAAUACAACAUGCUAAUGGACCUUAUGCAUUUUGUGAUAUACUUUAAUGUCUCAUUCACCAAAAGUAUUAUGUAAGUUGGAC